AUGUUAGCUUCUUUUCCGUGCCGAUCUUUAUCAUCUCUAUCAUUUCGUCGUAUAUUGCAAGUUCAUGCAUUCGGCAAUCAUACAAAUAUUCGCACGACUUAUUCAAAUGAAUUUACUAAGAAUGAACUUCUGCGACGACAUAAUAAAGAACACUCAUCAACUUAUUUCGAUCAAUUUCGUUAUCUUCGACAUAUAAAAGAUGCACCAACAGUUCCAUUAUCAUUUGGCUUGCUUGGUCUUGUUCCAUUUGCUGCCGUUCCCUUAUAUAUGUACUCAACAGGAGUAUAUUCACCAGAUUUAGCAUUUACUCAAUUAGCUUAUUCAGCUUCAAUUCUUUCAUAUAUUGGUGGUAUUCGUUGGGGUAGAUUACUUGAAGAAUCAAAUGAUUGGAAACAAUAUGCAUAUGCAAUUCUUCCGUCAAUUGCUGCUUGGUUAGCACUACUUGUACCCGGUCGAUGGUCAAUACUUUGGGCAUUAACAUCUUUUCAAGGUUUCGCUUUUUAUGAUGUAACGAGACCAGGUUAUCCUUUAUGGUUCAAAGGAUUACGAGUACUUUUAACAGCUGUUUCAUCUUUAACAUUAUUUGCUACACUUACACUUAGCUUUGUAUUACGCAAGAAAGAAGCAAAAACAAAGAAUACUAAUAGAACAAUGUAG